CGGCCGCCUCAAUUCGUGUCCGCGACACAAACACGAACAGAGAGCGAGCGAGAUAACGAAGGAGAUAGCUAGCGCGGCGGCAGGGAGAUGGCGGUGACGAUCACGUCCGUGAAGGCGCGGCAGAUCUUCGACAGCCGCGGCAACCCCACCGUCGAGGUGGACGUGGGCCUGAGCGACGGCAGCUUCGCGAGGGGAGCCGUGCCGAGCGGCGCCUCCACUGGAAUAUAUGAGGCCUUGGAGUUGAGGGAUGGAGGAUCUGAUUAUCUUGGCAAAGGUGUUCUUAAGGCUGUGAACAAUGUAAAUAGCAUUAUUGGACCAGCAAUUAUUGGAAAGGAUCCUACCGAGCAGGUUGACAUCGAUAAUUUCAUGGUCCAACAGCUUGAUGGAACCUCCAACGAAUGGGGCUGGUGCAAACAAAAGCUUGGAGCAAAUGCUAUUCUUGCGGUGUCGCUUGCUGUGUGCAAAGCUGGAGCUAUGGUCAAGAAGAUUCCUCUUUAUCAGCAUAUUGCAAAUCUUGCUGGAAACAAGACUCUCGUGCUGCCUGUUCCUGCUUUUAAUGUGAUAAAUGGAGGAUCACAUGCUGGAAACAAACUUGCCAUGCAGGAGUUCAUGAUCCUCCCAACUGGUGCCUCCUCGUUCAAGGAGGCCAUGAAGAUGGGAGUUGAGGUGUACCACCACCUGAAGAGCAUAAUCAAGAAGAAGUAUGGUCAAGAUGCCACAAAUGUUGGGGAUGAAGGUGGCUUUGCACCUAACAUUCAGGAAAACAAAGAGGGCCUUGAACUGUUGAAGUCUGCUAUAGAAAAGGCUGGCUACACGGGCAAAGUGGUCAUUGGAAUGGAUGUUGCUGCUUCUGAAUUUUAUAGUGAGAAGGAUAGGACUUAUGAUCUUAAUUUCAAGGAGGAGAACAACGACGGUUCACACAAAAUUUCAGGUGACAGCCUGAAAGAUGUGUACAAGUCCUUUGUUUCUGAGUACCCUAUUGUAUCAAUCGAAGAUCCAUUUGAUCAGGAUGACUGGACCACUUAUGCUAAACUGACUGACGAGAUUGGACAGCAAGUGCAGAUUGUAGGAGAUGAUCUUCUUGUUACUAAUCCCACUAGAGUUGCUAAGGCAAUUAGUGAGAACACCUGCAAUGCUCUUCUCUUGAAGGUGAAUCAAAUAGGCUCGGUGACCGAGAGUAUUGAGGCUGUUAGAAUGUCCAAGCGUGCCGGAUGGGGAGUUAUGGCAAGCCACAGGAGUGGUGAGACAGAGGAUACCUUCAUCGCUGACCUCUCAGUUGGUCUGGCUACGGGUCAAAUCAAGACGGGAGCUCCCUGCCGGUCUGAGCGUCUCGCCAAGUACAACCAGCUGCUCAGGAUCGAAGAAGAGCUCGGUGACGCAGCGGUUUACGCCGGAGCAAAGUUCAGGGCACCAGUGGAGCCAUACUAAACCCUGCCUGCGUGCGUGCGUAAAGCCUGGAGCAAGAGGAGGAUGGCCGUACGUCUGGUGAUGCUACUACCUACUAGUUUAUUAUUGCGUUUUGAUACGAGCCUAUGCGAGCACAAUAAAAGUAGUUUAUGCUGCCAUUUCGCCAAUGGCUGGACAGUUGGUACUGGUGAUUUUGUCGCGCGCACCGAAAGGAAAGAAAAAUAAGUCUUCCGUUUCUUUUUCUGAAUUCUGACGAGUGACGAGCUGCACUCGUGGUAAUGUCCAAACCGAAUUCUGGUGUGUACGGUACGGCUGUUACCCAAACAAAGUAGCGUUGUGAGAUCAA